AUGCAGGCAGAAAAUGGCCAAAGCAAGUCAUUUGACGCGUCGGUGACAGUCUCCGGGACGCUCUCCAAGCUACUCCCACUCCCGCAUGUCACUGACGGCCGCAAUCUCCAUCCACUUGCAAAUCCUACUCUUGGAGCUGCUGGAUACAGCGAAUCGCCCGCGUCUGCAGUGCGCAAGCUGCUGUCUACCUUUCGGGAUGUUAGCCACAGCUUGACGGCGGCUACGAGCUAUCCAAUCCUCGAUCAGCGGACUGUGACACUAUACAAGGAACACUCGUUGCACGAGCAAUCUAUCCAUAAGGCAGCCCGUACAGCAAAGGCCACGCUCAAGGCUCUGAGAGGGGCUCGUGAAGCUUCCGAAUCACAAUACUCGGCGUUUGGGUUGCCCAUCCCAACUCUACGUUCACAAGUCUGCGCAUUCGUCCUCAACUCGAUCGAGAGAUGGGCGAAUGCGGCCAAACUCGAAUACUUUCUGGACGAAUCGCACGCUACAGAUGGUCCCGUACCUUUUCCAUCGACACCUGGUCGCGCGCAAACACCCGCGCCGCCACCCUCCAAAAAGAUCACCGCGUCUUUGACAAAGGAGCAUCUACUCGUCGAUUUUGAGUUUGAAAAGGAUGGCCUGGCAGACAGCCCACAAAUUGACUUGCCUAUUCAUCAACACGUCGUGCCGCUCACCUUGCGCACUGUCAAAAUUACCGUUGGGGACAAGGACGAUACGUCGUUUGGCUCUAGUGGACACGCGGGCGGCACUCUCCACGGCAUGUUGGAGGAGAAGAUGAAUGCAUUUCUCUUCGAGCUCGCAUGUGGCGGAAAGCGAACGUGGGCAAUGGUCGACAAUCGCCGCGUAGAGAAAGUAGCCCUAGAGCUCCAGGCUGCCUUUCGGGGACUCGAUCAAAUGGCAGACAUUAUCAAACAUGAGACCGAAGCUGGCGCUGAAGUAGCCAUGUCCUGGUGGGAUUGUGUGCCAAUUCUGACUGAAAAGGUGCUCUCAGUAAUCCGGAUAGAGCAAAAGUGCAUGUCUAGCGAGUGGAAGUCACACAUGACAGAAUAUUCAUCAACCGUACCACUAGAUAUCCUCGCCAUGCGAUCGUGUGGCAUUCCACUUCCCUACCUCAACUCGAUAUCUCUCAGCAUUCUUCCUCAUCUAUCGCCUCUUGCGUACCUGACUCUAUUACGCUCGUGGCAAGCCUCCAAAGAACCUAGGACAGAGGAGGCAUCUGAUCUGGCCGACAUUCCACUCUCUCACCUUCGUGCCAUUCUCAGCGACAGACAAACACGCCGAAUGCUAGAUGUCCCAGAGGUCGACAUCUCAUACGACCCCUCGCUACCAAGUUCGUCGGUAAUAGAGGACAUGCUCGGUUUGCCGCUGAUUGCGAAUCCACCAUCGAUGCCGUUCGCCCUGGACGAAGAAUCUCGGGUGAAGCGUGCAGAGCUCACUUCUUUUGUCCUUAUGAAACCCUCCUUUACGGGCUCGAGCGAGCUCUCGUCCAAAGGAGGCUGGACGAUGUCUUGUCGGAUUGCUGGCGGAAGCUCCUCUGUGAUCCUCAGCCAGGCCAGAAUGAAGCGAGUCGCAGAAGCUAUCGGCAAAUCACAUACCUCGAGUGACGCGCUUAACUUGCUUUCUCUGACGGCUCCUACCGUCGCCGUUGGACCAAGUUGGCUCGAUUUGACCAUCGACCCGAGUCUCACUCAGGCUUCGAGGACAUAUACGUCGCGAUAUCAACCGCCCCCCGGAGACGAUCCAGGGCUAUUCAACGUCCUGAUGCCGCUGACCGAACCGGGGCUUGCCUUUCACGAUCUUCCAGUUCGGACAUUGGAUCAGGUCCUUUCUGUCAUCUCCAUUCUAAAGGAGCAGUUGUGGCUGAGGUCACUGCUUGUAGGCGUGGGCUUCCAAGCAGGCUAUAGGGCUGAUGAUCUCGGGCCGUCAUUGGACAAGGCCGAGCAGGGCAUGGAAGAUGCUGUAGGCUUAUUAGAGUCACUUCUCAGCGACAAAUACACGCCCACGAAACUUCGAGUCACCUACGAGGUAAUCGCGGACGGGAGAACUGGCGUGCGAGUUACCUUUCCGUUCAAGCAGCAGACUGUCGUAUCAGAAGUUGCUCUGGAUUUGGCGUGCUCAAGAGGAGUUUCCGUUCAUGUCAACGGCGAGAGGAUUGAAUCUUUGGAAGAGGUUGUUCGUCGUGGUGGCUUACUGGGGCUAGUUACUGCCGUAUGGAGAAGGACUCAAAUCCAGUAG